AUGAAGCUGUCCGGAGGAGGAAGCCUGCGCCGGCUCGGCCAGCUGCUGUCCCUCUCUCUCCUGCUGCUGGACCCUCUUGCUGCAGCGCAGAGCGGCGCCAAAGACGGCGAUGUGUACGACUACAUCGUGAUCGGAAGCGGGCCCGGCGGCGGGGUGGUUGCCGUCAACCUCGCCAAGGCGGGAUACUCGGUGCUGAUCCUCGAGGCGGGCGACGACAACCCCGGUAAGGGGUUCGGCCAGUACACGCCGACGGUGACGUGGGACUUUUACGUCAAGCACUACCCCGAGGGUGACCCACGAGACAACCAGUACAGCCACCUGACCUGGCUGACGCCCGAGGGCAAGUACUGGGUGGGCCAGAGCGGCGCGCCGGCCGGCUCUAAGCUGCUGGGGGUCUACUACCCGCGCGGAGCCACGCUUGGCGGCUCGUCCAUGAUCAACGCCAUGGUGUGCUGGCUGCCGAGCGAGAGCGACUGGAACUUCCACGCCGACGUCACCGGGGACAGCAGCUGGAAGGCCGAGAACAUGCACAAGAUCUUUGCCAAGAUCGAAAAGAACAACUACGCCACCAAGGGCACGGCCAACCACGGGUUCGACGGCUUCUUCCAGACCAACAUGGGCUCCAUGACGCAGGCGCGGCAGCAGGGCGGCGGCGGGCUGGCGGGCAACAACGUCAUGGCGGCCUACGCCAAGGACUGGAACCUGACCAUGUCCAUGUCUAACCUGCUGGUGCGCGACCCGAACGAGCUCGGGCCCGCGCGCGACCAGACGUCGAGCGUGUACGGCCUGGUGACGCACCAGUACGCCAACGGCAACCGCUACAGCUCGCGCGACUACAUCCAGGCCGCCGUCAAGGCCGGCGCCAACCUGACCGUGUCGCUGACCUCGCUGGCGACCAAGGUGCUCUUCGACACGGCCGGCACCAAGUGCGGCGCCGCCGGGGUCCCUCGGGCCACGGGCGUCGAGUACCUCUUUGGCAAGUCACUGUACGCGGGUGACAGCCGUCGCGCGGCCAAGGCGGCCGGGGUCAAGCGCACGGCGUACGCGCGGCGCGAGGUGAUCGUGUCGGGCGGGGCAUUCAACUCGCCGCAGAUCCUGCAGCUCAGCGGCAUCGGCAACGCCACAGAACUGGCCAAGCUGGGCAUCGCCGUGGUCAAGGAUCUGCCGGGGGUGGGGCGGCACUUGAUGGACAACCAGGAGAUGCCCAUCGUGGGGUCGGGCAACGGCGGCACCGGGCAGGCGGCCGUGGCCAUGUUCAAGACGGGCCACGCGGCGUACGGCGAGCGCGACAUGUUCCUGAUGGGCGGGCAGGGGUUCCUGUUCCGCGGCUUCUGGCCCGACAACCCCGUGCGCACGCCGGCCGACCCGCGCACGCCCUACGGCGUCAGCAUGGUCAAGGGGUCGAGCGUCAACGACAAGGGCUGGGUCAAGCUGCGGAGCGCCGACCCCACCGACACCCCCGAGAUCAACUUCAACCACUACGCCGCGGGUGCCGACGCCGACUUCCUCGCCAUGAAGGAGACGGUCGCCUGGAUCCGCAGCAUCUACCUGCGCAUCGGCAUCACGCCCGUCGAGCCGCCGUGCCCCAACGGCAAGCCCGACGCCGCCGGGUCGUGCGGCAAAGACGACGAGGACUGGAUCUACAAGCAGACCUUCGGCCACCACCCGACGUCAACCAACAAGAUCGGCGCCGAUGCCGACCCGCUGGCCGUGCUCGACUCAAAGUUCCGCGUCCGCGGCGUCGCCGGCCUGCGCGUCAUUGAUGCCAGCGCCUUUGCCCGCAUCCCCGGCAUCUUCCCCGCCGUGUCCACCUUCAUGAUCUCCCAGAAGGCGAGCGACGACAUGCUGGCCGAGAUCAAGGACGGCAAGGCCAUUGCGCAAUGCUCGUGA